UUCAACAUGGCGGACAUGUCGCCUAGGAGGAAGUGAGCUGUAUUUAAAACAAAUGUUUAUACUUUGCUAGUGAAGUUAGGGACAAUUACAGUAAGUUUAGAAUAUAUCAUUUUCAAGACUGCAACUGCAAAAUGAAAGGCAAGGAGAGGUCGCCCGUGAAAAAGCGUUCGCGUAUUCUGGAAGAUAUCCGAGACCGGGGAGGAAGCCACCCAACAAGUAAGAAAAUAGGAGCUCUCUCUGCAGGCAGCAGCAACAACGGGAAUAGUUCUGUCAAAAGUGGUGGUUCGGUAAGACGGAGUUUACCAUCUGAAAAGAGAGACAGUCGAGAUUUAUACUGCCAUGUGUCCAGUCGAACUGCGAGUAACCACGGAUAUCCUAACACAACUGGUUCGAGUAGCAAGCUACACAUUAGCCUUGCUCUGGACCCCACCACAAGGACCAAUUCUCGCGGGGAACUGAGGCCUCUUCCGAUCAACGAAAGUGAGUACAAGACUCUAAAAGUCGGCGAACUGGGUUCUCAGUUGAGCGACGAAGAAAUUGAAGAUGGAUUAUUUCACGAAUUUAAGAAAUUUGGGGACGUCAGUGUCAAAAUAAGCCGAGUUAACGACGAAAGGGUGGCUUUUGUGAAUUUCAGAAGGCCGGAAAACGCCAAGGCGGCCAAGCACGCACGCGGCAAGUUGGUACUCUAUGACCGCCCUCUAAAAAUUGAGGCGGUGUACAUGAACCGGCGUAGGAGCCGCUCCCCCAUCGAAAAAGAUCCAUAUGUAGGUGUUGCAGGGCACAGACAUUUGCACGUCCAAAGAUCCAUUUCACCAACGGGGCUAGGAUAUAGAGACUUCAGACUGCAGCAGUUAGCCCUGGGUCAUCUCCCCCCUCCUCCUCCCCCCCCACCCCUCCCUAGAGAACUGGAAAGAGAGAUGGAGUUUUCUAUCUAUGAAGCCAGGGCCCGGCCACCCUUCAUCCCUGACUGUGCAGCUUUCCGCGAGGAGGACCUCCUAUCCCCUGAAGAUGAUCAGCGGGCCAACAGGACGUUGUUUCUUGGCAACCUCGAUGUCUCAGUGACAGAGAAUGACUUGAGGAGGGCGUUUGACAGGUUUGGGGUGAUCACAGAGGUGGACAUCAAGCGGACAGCCGCUCGCGGGCAGAGCAGCACCUAUGGAUUCCUAAAGUUUGAGAACCUGGACAUGGCUCACCGUGCGAAGAUCACCAUGUCAGGCAAAGUGGUGUGUCACAACCCUAUCAAAAUCGGCUAUGGCAAAGCGACCCCCACAACCAGGCUGUGGGUGGGGGGUCUUGGCCCCUGGGUCCCCCUUGCUGCCCUGGCCAGGGAAUUUGACCGAUUUGGCACCAUCAGGACUAUAGACUACAGGAAGGGGGACACGUGGGCCUACAUCCAGUAUGAAAGCCUGGACGCUGCCCAGGCCGCCUGCUCCCACAUGCGUGGCUUCCCUCUGGGUGGUCCUGAGAGGAGACUUAGGGUGGACUUUGCCGACACAGAGCUCCGCUACCAGCAACAUUACCUGCAGCCUCUCCCCCUGCCGCCUCACUUUGACCUAGUGGCAGACUCCUUCGUCCACCGGCCCACCCCCGAGGCCAUCCGGGUAAGAGAGAGGAGUCCUCCACCCACACUCCGCUUCAGAGAAAGGGAACUGUACACCGCUGACUGGGCUGGCCCAGCGGUCCGAGAGAGGGUGCGAGGGGCAGCCUUUGAGCCCCUGGAGCACCUGGAAAGGCGUUCACGGGAACCCUGGUCUCUGGAAUGUGAGCGGGAGCUGCAGAGCCGAGACCAGGUCCGAAAACGACGCCUCUUAGACGACGGGCGUCGCCCGGACCGCUCACCGGACAGCAGCGAACAUGUGCGCCGUCGCCACGGCACCUCUCUGGAACGCAGCCCUGGUGGCAGCAGCCGGGACGGGGGGCGCUACAGCCCUCCACACUCCGACAGACCCUCCCCCGGUGGAGAGCAGCGGGGCAGCCUGGACUGUGACCCCGGGGACAAGAGACUGCGGACGCUCAGCCCAGCAGAGCCAGAACGGGACCGCAAAUGCAAAGCCAGUGACUCCUGUAAGAGCCCUGUAAAGAGGGAGGACCGCUCUGACCCCUCCUCCAGGUCCAGCCUGCAGUCCAAGAAGCUGUGCCAGGCCUGGCAGGGCGUGCUCCUGCUGAAGAACAGCAGCUUCCCCACCUCCAUGCACCUGCUGGAGGGGGACCUAGCUGUGGCAGCCGGACUACUGGUGGAGGGCUCCACUGGUAGCCAGGUGUCCCAGCUGAAGAUCACCCAGCGCCUGCGUCUGGACCAGCCCAAGCUGGAUGAGGUGUCCCGUCGCAUCAAAGCUGCUGGCCCCAGCGGCUACUCUAUCCUCCUGGCUGUGCCCGGGAGAUCUGAGGAGGGACUCCAGGACGUGGGGAGCUCCACCGAGAGGCCUCUGAAGAACCUGGUCUCCUACCUGAAGCAGAAGCAGGCGGCCGGCGUCAUCACUCUGCCUGUGGGCGGCAGCCGUGACAAGGACGGCGCAGGAGUUCUUCACGCUUUCCCCCCCUGUGAUUUCUCCCAGCAGUUCUUGGAUGCCUCCGCUAAAGCCCUUGCCAAAACCGAAGAAGACUACCUGGUUAUGGUCAUUGUCAGAGGAGCGUCAUGAAAUGAGAACAAAUAGAAAAUCAUUAGUCUUGUGUAAUGAAUUGGUAGAACUAUGGCACAUACACACCCACAUUGUGUCACAUGAUUUAGCUGUCACUGAAACAGGGAACAGGGUGGGGGGUUGAUAGCUUUCUGUCUCGCUAGAAGUAGAACUUCUUGGCAGAAAACAAUGCUAUACUGAGAGUCAUUUGGUAAUCAACAGUAACAAGUCUUUCAUAUAUUUGAAGUUGUCAGCUCAGCAUGCAUUAGCCUAUAGCCUGCAUUACAUUCUGUUGGUGGUUUACUUUUAAUGGGAACAAUUUAAAUGACAAGAAGUGGAUACAUUUAAUUUAAAUGGUUAAGUCAAAGUAGAUUCACGUUUUUCUAUUUGCUCAACUAGUCUGUGUAAAUCAGCUGACUAGAGUAAUUUAUGGGUUUUUGUAAAUAACUAGGCCUACAUUGAUUAUUGCCUUUUCAUUUGGAAAAAAUCUGACUUCCAUUGUAUUUGCAUUGUCAUUUUUCUGGUGUGAAGUCUUGUUUGCUAUUCAUUGCAGUAGAACAUAAAAUAAUAUAAAGAUUCAUCUGAGACCUGAAACUAA